CCCACAUUUUUCAACAAAAGUACACGUAGCUACAAGGGCGAAUAAUAAGCACGUAGGGUCGACCGCUUUUGGAGUUUUGCUUCAGAGAAAGGCAAACAUGACCGAAAGAACCAACCUUUUCGGCUGAGGAGCUUCCCCUCAUCACUUCCACUUUGUCACAUUAUAUUUCCUUCUUUAUAUCGUCAAAAGCAUAGCCAAAAGCUAAACACUUCUUCUAGUUUGAGCACACAAAGUGUGUGUGUGUGUGAGAGAGAGUAGUGAUGGGUGGUUUUGAAUCAGUGUUUGAGUCAGAGGAGUGCAACAUACCAAGGUUACCUUUGUUGAACCCCUUAACUAUGCAUUCUCCAGAGAGAUCAGGGAUGCAAACUCCUCCCCUUCAUACCUCAGUUUCAGUUCCAUUUGGUUGGGAAGAAGAGCCAGGAAAACCAAGGCCUUGUACUGCUCUAGUAACCUUCUCCAACCCCAACCCAAGGUGCUUGGAACUGCCUCCAAGGUUGUUAAUUGAUUCCAAGAUUGACAACAACAAACUACACUCUCCCACCACAGUUUUGGAGGGACCCUGUGUGGGCAACAAUAGUUACCAGUCACCAUCUUUCAGAAUGAGUGAAGAUUGUUGUGGUUCGGAAAAAGGGCAACUUGGGACUAUGAUUCUCAACAAAGGAGUGGGGAUCAAGGAGAAAGGGUGGUUUGGUUCUUGGAGGGAAAAGGGCUUUAAGGUCAAAAGGGAAGCUAGUGGGGGUAGUCAUGUCUUUCCAUCUUCUGUUGAUAAGGAUGCUGAUCAUGUUGGUGAUAUUGUAGGUAGUCACAAGAAGGAGAGGAUGAGAAAGACUAAACGUUCUGAGAGCUUUUCUAAUCCAUAUCAUGCCAAGCCUCGUGUGUGGACAACGAUCUAUAAGGGCUUGAAGCAAGUGGUUCCAUGGAAGAAUAAAAAACUGAAGAAAUAUGGAUGUUGGUGGCCUUAGGUUUUUGGAACCUUUCCUUGGGUACCAUGGUCAGGUCAAAAUCAAUUACCUUGGAUGCUAUCUACUACAUAUGUACUAUUUUUUCCCCUUCCAUUUAUCUUUUUCUUAUCUUUACGAAAUCAGUAUCACAGGUGGCAUUAACAUGUUACUUCUGUUGCUAUACCACUGUAAUAUUUUGGAUUGGUUAAUGCUGCUCAAACCUUAGGUUUUAUUGUCAUGACAAGAUGUACAAAUUUUCUAAUCUUCAUUAUAUGGUAUCUUAAUUGAAUGUAUUGUAACAGUUGUGGUAUGCAGUAAGUUAUUACUUUGAUG